GUGAGGGGGGGUCUAAUGCAGUAUUCACCCCUGACCACUUUGUCACGACGUAUAAUGAUUAGACUUUGCUGUUACAUUACUUCUUCCGCUGAGAAGACUCUUGACGGGAGUUCCACAAGUUUUCGGAUGUAGCUAUCCCUUCUGGUGAGAGAGAGAGGCGGUAAGCAGAGAGAGAGAGAGAGAGAGAGAGAGAGAGACAGAGAGAGAGAGAGAAAGUGAAAGAGAAGAGUCCCAUGGCUCCAUUGCAGCUCGCUGUGUACUUGCGGCUCGCUCUCAUAUUCUUCUUCACGGCGUUUCUCUUCUUCCUCGAUGUCUUCACUGCCAGCAGAGCAGCCUCCUCGUGCACUAACGUCCCCAGUCAGUUACCGACCAGGAGUCGAACCGGAGGAGAUGAAGUCUCUUCUAGUGCGCGCAAACAGGACCACACUACGUGGGAGGUGCGCGAGAUGAACCGGUCACUUAUAUCGGUAUUGUUACCGACACAGGAUGAGAUCACGUGGGGGAACGACAUGGAGAGAGAGAAUGGCACAGUGUGUAUGGAUCCAGUGGUGUUGUCGUACAGUCAGACCAUGUACAUGACUGGCCUUCUGCUGGGAUCUCUGUUUGGAGGAGCUCUCUCUGACAGGUACGGUAAGCGAGCGGUGCUGCUGGUGUGUGUGUGUGUCCAUGCUGUGACCGCUGUGCUGCCGGCCGUCCUUCCUCACGCCCUCCUCUUCCUCACCCUGCGCUGUCUGGCCGGGGUCUCCUGCUGCUGCAUCAAUAUCUGCAGCUUCAGCCUGGGUGUGGAGUGGAGUCUUCCCAGGUAUCGUAUAUGGCCCCCGGCCCUCCUGUCUUUCUCCUUCAGCCUGGGUAUGAUGGCCCUGGCACCGCUGGCAUACCUCACACACACCUGGACUCAGCUACACCUGGCGCUGGCCAUACCACAGAUCCUCUGUCUGCCUCUCUACUACUCCAUUCCUGAGUCUCCUCACUGGCUGCUCCUGAAGAGGAGGACACACACUCUGGAGAAGUACAGGAGACACAGUCCUGAGGACAAACGCUAUCUAGACCUGCUGUUGGACACAGAGGGGAAGGACCUGCAGCAAGUUCCCCUGGACACACCUGACAAUGAGACACACACACACACACUGGAGACAGACACACACACACUGGAGACAGACACACACACACACACACUGGAGACUGACACACACACACUGGAGACAGACACACACACACUGGAGAGAGACACACACACACCAAAGGCAGACAUGCAAACACAGGAGGAAAACAUACUUUCCCAUUGUGGACACAUGAGAAGUCCCACCAUCCUACUGCGCCUGAUCAUCAUGAGUUACAUUGGGCUAGCGUCAGCCCUGACGUACUACGGUAUCUGUCUGAAUGUCGGGCGUUUCGGGGUGGAUGUCUUCCUGGCUCAGUUCUUCAGCGGCCUAUCAGAGGCACCCUGCCUGCUCGUCCCAUUCCUAUUGGCCCGCUGUGGCAGACGCCCAAUCAGCAUGCUGUCCCUGCUCCUCAGUGGCUCCUUCUGCCUGCUGUCCCUGCUCGCAUCACGCUUCUACGAUGUCCCAGGGUUGGUGAUGGCUCUGGCCCUGGUGGGGAAGCUGUGUAUGCAGACCACUGUGUUUGUCUCUCUGCUCUACGGCAUCGAACUCUUCCCUACGCUCAUCAGACAGAAGUGUGUGGGCUUGGUGUGUCUGUGUUACAGGGUGGGCUGUAUCCUGAAUGCGGUGGUCAGUCCUAGAGGAGAAACCAUCCCAUUGGCCGCUAUGAUUCUUUAUGGGAGUGGCCCCAUUGUUGGGGCGGGACUGUGUCUGUUGCUACCGGAGACCAGUGGUGUGCCGCUCCCUGAUUCGCUGGAGGACUGUGACAGACAGCCCAGGCUUCACCUACCAACCCUCCCCUUGGCUUGGUCAUCAUGCUUCAGAAGGCGCUCAGCGGACACCCCGGCUGACAAGGCCUGUCCAUUCCUGGGAGACACAGACCCUGAGAAGCCCUCCUACAACCCACAGGAACCCAACUGAACUGAAAAAAACGCUGCACACACAUACACACACUCCACAAACACACGUACUGUAGAUCCAUAUAUUUAAAGUUCCAUGGAGCUCUGAGAUUUAAAGUCCUGUGAACAGGAUAUGUCAGGAUCUCUAACUGCGAAGACUGUAAUGCACAGAAUGGGUCAUGUUCAUUUGGCUCAGAACAGAAGAAACUGGGAGAUUUUGUCUUCUUUCGCAAAACAUGUUGCCACAUUGUGCCCUACUGAACACGACACCGGUUUUGCUGUUUAAACUUGUUUUAAUCUUUCGGAUCUUGUCUCUCCCACAGCCUGUAGAGGCCUUCUGAGAGCAUUCCAAGGGUCUUAUGAAAUCUGUAGAAUUAUUUGGGCUGAUUCCGUCUACUCCCAAAUUCCGUUUUCUCCUUGAGUUGUUUCAGGUUUUGGCUCUCAGAAUCACACCUUUUUAAUAGAAAAAACAACAACACUGGAUGUUCUACGUCCACAACAACGCUUAAACCACAUCAGGAGACCACUUCUGAGAUCUGGGACAAAUCUAAGAACAGCCAGAGACCAUUGUUUGGUUAGCGGUGUUUCUGUAGAGCUCCUGAUUGCAGAGUUUACAAAACAAAUGGCCACUGGAUUGAUACAAAUAAUCAUGAUAUCAUUCUGACAGGUAGGCAUAGGCUACACUGUAGUUA